AUGAUUCUGGAGUCAACAAGCUCUAAAAAGAAGACCAAUCAGCAAGAAGAGACACCUCCAGCAAAUUCAACCAGUAUAAAGAUUCAAGCAGGACAACUUGCAUAUCUAAUAUCUGAUGAAAAGUCUGAUUCAGAUAAGAAAUAUGAACCACUGGAAAAAAGAAUAUCAGUCAAUGUUGAAACUGUUAGAGAAGCUAAGAACAGUCAAAAAGCUAAGAUUGCAACACUCUAUACUCAGUGUACUGGACAAUUUAUUACCUACCAGGAUAAUCAAGCUAGUCUUGAUAAUGAUAUCAUGGAAGACAUUGAACUGAUCAAUCAGAAGAAGCCUGAAAUUCAGAACAAGACUGUAAAGAAACAAAGACUAAGAUAUUCUGCAACAGAUUAUUUAUUCUCUCAGAUCUGUGAUUCAACAGAUGUUAAUGAAUUAAUGGAUCUUGGCAAUUUACUGCCUGUUGGGGAUGCAACACCUCAGAUGACAAAGAAGUAA